AUGACCGCCCAAGACGGGAGAGAACACCAAGGACUCGCAGAUAGAAGAGCAAGAUCAUUUUCUGAGUCUUUCAAAUGCCUUUUCAAACCCUCACGUUCAAGAGGCGCAAGCCCUUCUAAUGUCACCAGACUUCCCUAUCGAUCGUCAUCUUCUUCACCCAAGAGGAAUUCCGAGCCACCGAGACGGUCCACCAUAUCUGCACAGUUAGAUCCGAAAGCACCCUCGGUAUGGCAGCAUACGUAUACAUUGAGGCGUUGUUCCCCAGGUAUGCCAAAACUAUUUAAACACGCAGGAAGUGACGCAAGUAAUAGCCCAACCAGACGUCGUUCUAGAUCCAACAAAAAAGAAGAAGCAAAGAAUGAGUCACCAGGAAGUUUUGGAUCAACCUCUAAUGACUUUCGCGGUACGCAAGGUCUACGCUCUAGAAGUUCAUCAAAUUCGUCAUGCGACGGUUCGAAUGGAACAACCACUUCUUCAGAGAGCCAUUGGGCAAUGGACUCCCUGUUAGACCAUUCUGAUAACGAUGUUAUACCGUAUCGGGGCUCAAACAAGGAUGUACUAAAUGCCAGAGACAAGGUGCCUGAUGAUUUCAAAGACAGUUAUGAGGAAGAUGCUUUACAUAGAGCAACUUCAUAUCCAAUUUCCCUCCCCCCUAAGCAGCUUUACCACGAAGGGUUGUAUACGAUAAGGUCGCAUACUGACGGCGAAAGUCUAAAAAGCCUGCCCAGAUUUGCAGGAGCAGAUUUAACAUGCAUUAUUGAGCAAGAUGGAUUUAAAGUUUACGAGGAUGGAAGCCAUGAGCACAAUGUAAAAGUGAUGGAGAUAGUCACUAAACUAGAGAAAAGUGAGUCCUUACCGGUUCACCGUCAAGGGUCAUUAUCCAAGCCAAAACUAGGCAUCGCGCUGUCCGGUUUGUUUAAACAUCAUAAAGAUGAAUGUGACAUCGAAAACGCAUUGUCACUUUUACCAAAUGAAAAUGGCUCUGAAACAAAUCAUAAGAAGCAAACCACCGAUCAAAACUGUGACAAGAACGGAAAGGGCGACAGCAAUAGUAUCCCACCCACACAAAACAAGAAAGAUUAUUUAAAAAUAGUAAAUCCUGACGCAUCGCUAGGAGAUGAUGAAUUGAAAUUGAUAAAUUCAUUAUCAAGCAAAAUACAUACAAGUUUACAACAUUAUCUGCACGAAAAAAAUUUAAAGCCAGCGGCGUGUGCUAGAGAAGAAGCCCCUACUUUUCAAGAAAGCUAUGGUCAUCCUGUUGGGACAGUGGGCGCUGGAGCUUAUGGUGAAGUGAAAGUGUGUGCCAGAUCCAGAACUGACAGUGAUAUUCCGCCAUUUCAGACAUAUCAUGAUGAUAAGUUCAUAUAUUAUGCUGUGAAAGAACUGAAACCCAAAACAAACAACGAUCUGGAGAGGUUUUGUACGAAAAUCACAUCAGAGUUCAUCAUCGGGCAUUCAUUAAGCCACUAUCAUAAAAACGGCCAAAAGCCGGCCCCCAACAUUUUAAGCGUAUUUGACAUUUUGGAGAGCAGUAGCUCUUUCAUUGAGGUUAUGGAAUUUUGUCCCGCAGGUGAUCUUUAUGGUAUGCUGGUGGAUAAAUCAAAAUCGAAAGGUCGACUACACCCAUUGGAAGCCGAUUGUUUCAUGAAGCAAUUACUCCACGGUGUCAAAUUCAUGCAUGAUCAUGGAAUCGCUCAUUGCGACUUGAAACCUGAGAAUAUUCUCUUUUAUCCUCAUGGUUUGUUGAAGAUUUGCGAUUUUGGCACAAGUUCUGUUUUCCAAACCGCUUGGGAAAGGAGAGUUCAUACUCAAAAGGGCAUAAUCGGAUCGGAGCCGUAUAUGGCUCCAGAAGAGUUUGUAAAUGGCGAAUAUUACGAUCCAAGAUUAAUAGACUGUUGGAGUUGUGGUGUUGUUUAUGUAAGUAUGGUACUAGGACACCACCUUUGGAAGGUGGCCUCCAGGGAGAAAGACAUAUCCUUUGACACCUUUUGCAAGGAAAUGACACGCACAAAAGAGUUCAAAGUAUUCGAAGAGCUGAAGCACGUGAACUCAGAACUAGCGGCAACUAGAAAGAUAGCAUUAUAUUGUAUAUUCCAAUGGGAGCCCAAAAAGAGAAUUUCUAUCGAUAAACUUUUAGGCAUGCAGUGGAUGAAGCAUACAAAUUGUUGCCUAAUAUAUGAAUCUAGCUAG